UUUUAAAACACAAUUGAGUUUUAUGCAUUUUAGCCCAUAGGAGGCUAUGAAGCAUGGCUGUGUUAGCGCCACGGCAGCACCGAGGCCGCUCUCCGCCCCGUUUUAGCCGCCAAACUAACCGACGGUGAAUUUUCGACACCCACAAGGAGAAAUCAAGAGAUCAAAUACCCAGAAGAAAAGAAAAAGAAAUCAAAUGGAUCACUACAAGGUAUUGGGGGUGCACAAGAACUCGAGCAAGGAAGAAAUAAAGCAAGCUUUCCGGAAAUUGGCCAUGGAAUUCCACCCGGACAAGCAUUCCCAGUCCUCCAAGCAUCUGAGAGAUUCCGCCACCCUCAAAUUCAAGCAGCUGUCCGAGGCGUACGAGACUCUCGUUGAUGAUCGAAAGCGCGCCGAGUAUAAUAUUAAAAGCAGCGCUUAUGGGACUCAUCCGAGUAAACGAUAUGAUUACCAUUACGGUGGCGGUGGCGGUGGCGGCGCUUAUACUUAUAGCAAUCCUUAUGGUUACGGUUAUGGGUAUAGUGGGUCGGCGAGAAGAAGCGGCGGCGACGGUAUUUAUACGAAAUUUGAGAUGGGUCUUCGGUUUCUCACCACGAAGAGUUUUCUUCUCAAUGCCACAUUUGUCGGUGUUUUGUUAGGUGGGAUGUACAUAGUUGAUGCUGGCAGCAAGGCCCUAUGGAAAACACGUAAUCCUGGGAAAUCUUUUGAAGAGGCAAUGGAAUCUGUAGAAAAAGCUAAAGCACGCAAGGACAGCUCUUAUUGAACUUCUUUCAAGGUUUAUAUUGUUGCUUGUCCAUGCAAAAAGCUUGAGGCCCCUAUUCCAGCCUGCUGAAUCAAACUAACGAGUAGUCAAGAGUCAACAGAUAGUCGACUACCGUUACCUUCAAGCAUUGUUCAAGUACCAUACGGUACUUCAUAAUAGAAAAUAUACGAAUCUAUGCAGCCAUUGUAGUUAACAUCUGAAAAUCGAUGUGCUGGGAAAGAAGUGUACAAUUUGGGUUCAGUUAUUAGCUUGGUGGCUAUAUAUUGCUUGUUGUAUUGCUAACUGUGGUGAGACUGUGUAUAGCUUACUCCUGUUGAGAUGUAAAGAAAAAGGCUGAAUUUGUGUCAAAA